UGCUUCAGUGCAUGUUGUGAGGUGUGCUCCAUGUGCUAGGCAUUACUUUGUAAUUCUCUAUACUUUAUUCAUAGUCCAAUAGCCGUGUUUUUUCCCAUACUUGAGACUCUUACAAUGUCCUUAUGUGGUGACGGUGUGAACCCUCUUGGUUGCUCUGCUUGAAAUCAAUAUUUUGGGGGUGAAAGUAGGAAAAUACAAGGUGAAUAAAAAAUGAAAAAUCGAACAGGUGGUGACACAAAAAUUUCUUAGAGGGCUUUUUCCUCUUUUCUUCCUCGUUACCCAGAGAGUGAGCUUAUUUUAUGGCGAAACGUGUGCUCUAUGUUCGUGCCUCGUGGUGCUUUAUACUAAUUUAAAACCUCAAUUAUUUCUCUCCGGUGUUUUCAUCAGCAUAGGAGUUUUGUGUAGGUACAAGGACAGUCGCAUUGGGUAAAAGAGGCUCUCAGAAGAAAAUUUCCAGUGUUUUUUGUGUCUGUGUGUAUUCUGUGAGAUUCACUAAAUAUUUAUUGAUUUUUUUCCGUGAAUUGUGCCUUCUCCAAAAGUUGGGCGAUUUCAAAAUUCGCAAUUGAGACACAGUCACGAAAAAAGCCAAUAAACUGGAAAAAUCUCCACAGAGACAUAAAUUGCCAAAUCACAUCACCAGCAUAAGAGAAAUACCGAAAGUUAUCAUCAAGCUAAAAGAACCGACUUAACACAGUGAUUUUAAACAAACAAAAAAGUCCUAAAAUAUCUUUCCAUCUAUUGCCAAAAAGGCAUCACGACGCAGAGAUUUAAUAUCGCAAUUAGUGUGUGUGUGCUUUUUAUGUUGUGAUUUUUGAGUAUUCGUAUAUUGAAAAAAAAGAAGUAGUCACGGCAAGAGAGAGCUUUAAGAAGCCACCAGAAGGCUAUAGAUAGAAGAAGCAUUAAAGAAAAAGAAACUAAAUUCAAAUGUUAAAUAGCCAACCACAAAUUCAACUGCUCUCUCAAAAAGCAACCUCCACGAGCUCUUCAAGUAUCACCGAUAUCUUCUACUUUGAUGAUUUGUCCACGGCACUGCAAGAGCAAGCGACAUCGUGCCAAAAUGGAUCACCAUCGUCCUUUGCUGCUGUACAGCAGCAAUUCAAUCAGCAGACGGAAAAACAGCUCAAUUUGCAGCAUCAGUAUCAGCAAAAAAUGCCCACUUUUGAUAAACCCGACAUGAAUACUUGUGAUGCCACAUACCACUUCAAAACUCUCGUGCCAGCAGUGGCGGCUGGGGCCAUUAUCGGCAAGGGAGGCGAGACAAUCGCCUCUCUGCAGAAGGACACUGGAGCCAGGGUGAAAAUGUCCAAGUCACACGACUUCUACCCAGGAACAUCCGAGAGGAUUUGUCUGAUCACAGGCUCCAGUGAGGCAAUAAUGACUGUGUUGGACUUCAUAAUGGAUAAAAUUCGUGAAAAACCUGACCUGUCGGCAGAAAAGUCCGGCGAUACGAAGCAAGAGCGUGAUAAGCAAGUGAAGAUUCUCGUGCCGAAUUCAACAGCCGGCAUGAUAAUCGGCAAGGCUGGUGCUUUCAUAAAACAAAUCAAGGAGGAGAGUGGCUCUUACGUACAAAUAUCACAGAAGCCGAAGGAUGUGACACUACAAGAGCGUUGCAUCACAAUAAUCGGCGAGAAGGAGAACAAUAAGUUGGCAUGCAAGAUGAUUCUGUCGAAAAUAAUUGAGGAUCCACAGUCGGGCACAUGUCUCAAUGUCUCCUAUGCCGACGUGAGUGGUCCUGUGGCCAAUUAUAAUCCCACAGGCUCGCCAUAUGCCUCGUCGCAGACAAAUGCGAUAAGUUCAAGUACGGCGUCGCUGAAUUCGGCGCUGGGAACGGCUGUGACUGGAGCUGGCUUACUGGUCAAUGGCACUGGCAUCAAUUUGUCAUUGAACUUGAAUGCCCCGAAUCCAGGUCCAAACCCAUCAGUUACCACCCAACUUCUCGAUCACAUAAAGGUUGCCAUGCGGAGUUCCGGGUACUCGGAUUCCGCCACGACGGAAGUGUGCGCCGCACUGGGUGUGCUGGCCAAGUACGGAGUUUUGGGGGUCGGGGUGGGGCUCACGCACGCGAACGGAGCUCACCCGGCCACGACGCCGGCACUCAGCUAUCUCGGCGUGUCGGCGAUCGAUCAGUCGGCGGCGGCCGCGACGAGUGGUGGUGUGUUCGGGGCGAUUGGCCAGGUGAACCUGGACUCAUACAUUGGAACGACGUCGCCCACACCGAGGACAUCCCUUGAACGGUAUGAUGCUGCUUUCGAUCCUUUUCGGCAUGCGGGUUCCCAAGCAGCAACACCAAUUUCAUUAAAUAAUAAUAGUUUCGGUUUGGCGACUGGUGGUGCAACGGCUCAAACACUCGGGGCAGCUGCGGCGCAAACGCUGGGAUCACUCAGCAAGAGCCCCACACCAGGCGACCUGGGUGCCAAGGACUCCAAAAAUGUAGAAAUUCCAGAAGUAAUUGUAGGCGCGAUAUUAGGACCCGGUGGUCGUAGUUUGAUAGAGAUUCAACGUGCAUCCGGCGCCACAAUUCAGAUAUCGAAGAAAGGCAUGUUUGUCCCAGGCACCAGAAAUCGCAUUGUCACCAUCACCGGUCAACCGCACGCCGUCACCUUCGCACAUUUCCUAAUUGAGCAGAAAAUCUCUGAGGAGGAGACCAAGAGAGCGCAUCAAAAUACACUGACGUCGGGUAUUAUGCAAUAAAAGUAAUAAUAAGACAAGAAUCUUCUUCAGUCUGUUGUACAUUACAAAUUUCACGACAAGUCUAACAUCAUUUUAUCGAUACACGGAUAAAUACCAAAAAAGAAAGACUCUUCAGUUAGUUGAGACGGCAAAUUAGAAUCAUUUUCGCAGACACUUGCUCACAAAUUCCAUAAAAAAAAUUUAUUUAUUCUUCACUCAAUGCCCUCCCUACCAUUGAACGAGAGUACCUUAUUAAUUUGUUACUUGCAUGCAGAGCAAAUCAAUUCAGUCAAGUAAAUCAUCUGUCAGAGAAUCACAUAAUGCUGAUAUUUUUUUAAAAUGUGAAAAGCAAAACAAAGAGAAACGUAAGAAAUGCCCAUUCUCACAUUUAAAUUAGUGGGAGGAAGACUUUAUACAAAGAGAAUAACUUAUAUUUUUCAAUAGAUAAUAAAUUUGUCGUUGAAUAAGGACUAUUUAAAUAGAUUAAAAAGACGAAACAGUGCUGUUGAUAAUUGUUAUUAUUAUUUUUAUUGUCAUAUAUAGUUGACGUGAGAGUGAUAGAACGAGAGCGCGAGUUAUAGAAUGGGAAGCCCUAAAAAUUACCAGAAUUUUAUAAUUGACUAUUAAACACUGAAGAUGUUUAUUUUUAAGGCAGGUUUAAGAGAGAAUGUUUUAGGGGCGUUACAGAGAAGGAAUAUAUUUUUUUGUUAGUCUUUUAUUUAGUACAGUGGUUGUAAAUAUUUCAUAUUACUUCUACAUUUUUUUUUUAAUGAUAGAGAGUGAAAAAGAAUUCGUCAUUUAGGGUUUACAUAAUAUACAUAUAUAGUUUAUGAUUUGUUAACAUUAUCCUUUGCAAAACAAUUCACGAUACGAGGUAUCUUCAUGAGAUAAUUCACUAUUUUUGUUAUUAUGUAUUUUCAUUUUUAUUCACUGUUCAAAUUGUUAAAAUCACACAAUGUUUUAUAUAGUGAUUUAAAAAAGAAAAUAAAAAACGUGGCAAUGUUUAUAUUUUGUCUUUUUUAAGAUCCUAAUUGCCUGGAAUAAGGAUAAUUAAGUUUUUUCGCAAUGAGUUUGUCGAUUUCAGUUGUUUUGAUUGAAGAAGAACAAAAAAAAACCAUUGUUUUUAAUUCAGCCAAUCAAAUAUGCGAGAAUUGAGCAACUUUUUACUUCGUCAUCAGAUUUAUAGCUGAUGCACAAUCGUUACCAUUUUUCAUUAAAUGAACUUUUUUUUACACCCUAUGUUAAAUAUGUAGAAGAAGAGAGAAAUGAAUUACAUUGUGGGUUAAUUUGGGACAGAGGAGAAAACGCUAAGAUAAUAAUAAUUAGUAAGAGUUGGGACUUUUAAGAGAUAUAACAGGGUUUCGCUAUUUUAGACUUAAUUGUUAAAUCACGUUUUUCUAAUAAAUUACGAUUAAAGGCCACUAAAGAAGGAUCUACAAUGAUGAACUGUUAAUUUGCAUAAAAAGUGACAAAGAUGAAAUCAAAAUUCAUAACUAAAAAUCACAAAAUUCCUUUCACUGUGAGAAUUAUUUGAAAAAUAUAUGAAUUCAUUGAUAAAUAAAGAAAUGCGAAAGUGAAAAUAGUGAAUUUCAACGAUAAAAUGAUAAAUUUAACCGGGUAUAAAUUCAUUGCACAAUGCAAUGAAUUUAGAAGAAAUGUCUCAUCGUUGAUCAUUUUUCUUCUAUUGAAAUGAGUGCCAUUAGAUAUAGAACAGUUGUUAGUUGACAAUUUGCAGUGGAGCCAUUUUUCAUGCCUAUUCAGGUGAAAAUACAUUGCCGGGUAAUACGAUUUACAAUAGAAGAGCCUUUUGCAGAUUUUUCUCGCUUGCACAUAGAGGAAAAAAAUCACUCUCGUCAUAGAUUAAUAAGAAGAAAAAAAAUACAAGCUUGAAAGAUGAUAAAUAGAAGAUGACAUAAUGAAAGAGAGAAAAACCUAAUUCUUCCACAAUCGUCGUAAGGAAAUGAUUGCUGAUAGGAAAAUAUUUCCGGAGAAUCAUACACUUUUGAGUAUUCUGACGACUCUCAGCUGUAAGAGAUGAUUUUUAUGCAAAUUUUCCACAGAAGUGCUCAAAGUACAUCGACGGAAAACUUACAUAUAUAGGGUUUACAUAGCGUUUAGCAAACAGAAGGAAUCCCAAGAGGAAUCUCUAAAAGAAAAAUUACACUUCAGUUCAUGGCUCUGAGCAGAAUCCUUUUGUUGAGCUGUUUUCUACAAUCGUGAAAGAGAGUUUUUUUGAACUAGCAAUUUAUGACAAAGGCUGAUUGUUAAUAGUUAUAUUCCUUUGUCUCACUCUGUUUAUGUUGCAAUAAUUUAAUGAAAUUCAACGUUUCCUCAAGAGUUGAAUUGUUUGUCAUAAAAUAAAAAAAAACUUCGGUGCAAAAAGAGAAAACAAUUUCCAGUUCAAAAAAAUUCAAAAGAACUAAUAGCACUUUUUAGGAAAGUGUACUUUAAAACAAAUCCUAACUCUAAUGAAUAUAUUGUUAGACAGACACUGUAGAAAUCCGAUAUUUCUCUUAAGAUGGGAGCUGAGAAAAUCUAGAAAAGAACUGUUGAGUAAAGAAAUAAAGGUAAAACAUGUAAUUAAAAAUGAAUAACAAUUUCAUGGUACAAGUUCCAAUUGGGAAAGGAAUCUUUCGAAAUGAUAAAAGGCAUUUUCAAUUCUGUGCCCUGUAAAUCAAUGGCUAAUUUAGGUGACAAAAGAUGCUAAACAUAGAUAAAGAUAGGAAAGUAGCGUAAAGGGAGAUUGAAUAUAUUACUGGUACUUUAAUGUGGGCUGGACUAAGAAUUCUGUAAGAAUACAAUUGUUUACUGUAGAUAGUGAGAGGGAAAAAAUUGAAAUUUGGGCAGAAAAAAACUACAACACUCGGCAUUUUAUGGAAAUUUUUCAAUCUUCAUUUCUUAUAAUGCACCCCAAAAAUAUUAUAUAGUGGAGAUAGUGGUAAAAUAGUGACGAGACGCACGUUUCAUUUGGCGCAGACAAUCGAUAUUUUUCGUUAUCGCACCUGAGAGAAAUUCAUAUUUGCCAGAACAAUAAAGAUGAAAAGGAUGAUUUAUCGAGUGAAUAUGUUACACUUCCUCAUGUAUUCGAUUGCAGUGCCGUCCAAAAAAGGAGUGAAAGAGGAGAAUCGCCAAAAGCUCAUUUAUCUUCGUCAUUUACUUUACGUGUAAUAAUUUACCACGAAACUUUUUACCGUAAAAAAAAGUCACACAUUAUGUUUCUUCACCUCUUCAUUUCAGAUCCAUUUUGUAUCUGAUAACUUAGCAAAACUUCAGUAGAGAUGAAAAACUGAUGAUUCAAAAAGUUGAAUACAUAAAAUGCCUUCAAUUGAAAUUGAUGAUGAAAGAGAUAUUUAUUACAAAUUAUAUUUGACGAUGAUUAACUGAGGUGAAUACUUACUGUAUGGUAAUUUUUAUUCUUACAAUUAAAUUAAAAUACUAGAAGAAACCAUAGAAAAAUGGUGGAAGAACAAGUAAUGGCCGAUGUGCAAAUAAAAAUGUACCUUUAGAUGAAAAGUAUGAGAAAAAAACACGUUAUAUAACUAUUAAAAAAACAAGUGAGGAGAAAAAAAAACAUAGAAAUAUAGCAUAAAUAUUAAUCACACACAUAUUAUAAAUCUACCAUAAAAUUAGCUGAUAAGAGUGCAAAGAGAAAAGUUUUCGUUCCAUAAAGAAGGCCAAGAAAUCGCAGCAUAGGAUAAUGUUGGACAAAACCUCUUCCGCGAUAAGAGAGUUUAAAUAAAUGAGAAACACAGCAAGCCUAAUUGAUAGGAAAAAUGGAAAAUUGCAGAGCAUGAUUGAAGGACGAAAUUGAAAAUCUACGUAAUCUUUCAAUUACUAAAUCUAACUGAGAAAACGACAUAAAAAUAAAAGUCACGGAACAGUGAAAAGUGUUAAUUGCAGACUUUAAUUGAGUUCUGCAGCAACACUGGAGAUUCUGUUACGAUGAAGCUUUUGCUUCAUGAUAAGCACGAGCCGCAAUGCUGCAUACAGUGGAGAGCAAAAUGAGUCGCAUUAUUCACAGAUUACAUCUUGCUCGCAGUGUAUUCGGCGUCCUUGAAUGAUUUUCACUGAAAUCGAGAAAUCUUAGGAGAGUGAAAAAAUCGUUAUUAUGUAUAUAACUACAUACAUAUAUAUUGUUAAAAAAAACUAUAAAAGAAAAUAUAUAAUAGAUUUUGAAUGUUCUGUGAUAUUCACUCACAUACAUGCAUGAAAAGAUGAAAAAAAAGUUAUUUAGAUGAAAGAAUUAAAUAAAAAAAGAGAUAAAUAGAUGAAAAAUUCACUAAUUUUGAGAAAAACAUUUAACAAAACCAAUAUUUUCCUCCUUCUCCAACACUAUUUAACAAUGAAAAAAAAAUCACAAAUGAAAUGAGAAAAUUAUACAAUUUAGUGAAAAGGAAUAUAACACUAAUACUAAAUAAAUAAUAAAAAAUUACAAAUUGUAAUAGGAAGACAAGAAAAAUAGAAAAGAUCGAAAUAAUUAUCCACAUUUCUUCUUCUCAAUAUUAGACUAUUUUAUCCCAUCACUUAUAAAAAAAAAUACCAGAAGAACGAUUUUUUAAAAAUCUGUAAAACACACAAAUAGAAAAAAUUCAAAA